GGUUACAGCUCUCUGCUUCAGACUGUUAAUGCUUGGAUUCAUUCUGCUGAACAGUUUUACACAGAAAAGUGAUGCAGCUUUUCUUCGUAUCACUCCAAACAGACUGCAGCUCUUUCAAUUUGACUCUGUUUCUUUUGACUGUGGGGGGUCUGAUGGCUCAACUAAAUUAAGAGGGAUCAGGAACACUGAGGAAUUUGUUCCAGAAUGUGAUAUAAAGACCCCAACAGGAUCAACCUGCACCAUUGAUAGAGUCUAUCCAGCAGACAGUGGAGAAUACUGGUGUGAGACUGAAGGAGGAGAUACAAGCAACACGGUCAACAUCUCUGUCACUGCUGGUUCUGUGAUCCUGGAGAGUCCUGUCCUUCCUGUGAUGGAAGGAGAAACUGUGACUCUGCGCUGCAGAAACAAGACAUCAUCCACCAACCUUCCAGCUGAUUUCUAUAAAGAUGGCCGCCUCAUGAAGAGCAGAUCAGGAGAAGAGAUGACCAUUAAGAAUGUUUCCAAGUCUGAUGAAGGACUCUACAAGUGCAGCAUCUCUGGAGCUGGAGAAUCACCAGAGAGCUGGCUGGCUGUCAGAGCAAAAAACGCCUCUGAUGACUUUGACCCCCCUCGUGCCCUCAUCCUGCUGUGGAUCACUGUCACUGUUUUCAUGGUGGCGUUGGUGCUGCUGGUGGUGGGAUUCCUUCAUAUUAGGAGACGCAAAGAUUUUUCUACCAACAUUUCCAUGUUCAACAUGUUUCAGUCUGUGGAGAGGACACUGAAGACGAUCCAGACGGUGUGA